GUUUUUAUACAUUUUAGCGGUGCAAAACUGCGCAAAAUCUUCAAACCUCUUCGCUCUUUUAGCUGCGAAAGCGCAGUGACGUUAUUAGGAAGGUUCUGCGGCGGUCAAUGUGAUGAAUGUUGACGUUUGAGAGUGUUAUUGUGCUGUAAUCUGUCCAGUGUCGACAGGUCUGCGGUGCUAACAGGCGAAUAGCUGAGUGUUGUGGUGGAGUGUAACACACUGACGGAUGCGCUCUUCAGUUUGCUCUGUGUGCUGUUGUUGAUGUCAGAUUCAUCGCGGAAAAGCUGGAAAUGGACUACAUUAAAGUGGAGAUCGUGGAUGUGACUGAUCUGGAGCCUGUCAGAGUCAAAAGUGAGGAGGACACCGCAGAACAACCCGAGCUCGUGGAGCUGGAGAGCGUGUCUCAGAGCGAGGAGCUGGAGGAACCGGAGAGCCUCAGCACCGUGGAAAACCCGGACGAUAAAAACCCCAGUGACGCCAAGAAGUCUUUCCCGUGCCCACAGUGCGGGCAGCGCUACCGGCGUAAAGGAGACCUGAAGGAGCACAUGACGGUGCACAGCGAGCGGCCGUACGUCUGUCUGCAGUGCGGCAAGAGCUACACGCAGAAGAUCAACCUCCAGAACCACCUGCUGAUCCACAACGGGGAGAAACCCUUCACCUGCCAGCAGUGCGACAAGAGCUUCACGCGCAAAGGAGACCUGAAGAAGCACAUCAUCGUGCACUUCGGCGAGCGGCCCUUCACCUGCCAGCAGUGCGGGAACAACUUCAGGCACCAGGGGAACCUCACCAGCCACAUGAAGAUCCACACCAGCGAGAAGCCGCAGCCCAGUCAGCAGAGCGACCAGAAGCUGAUCCAGGUCUGCAACUUCAAGAACCCGGUGGUGUACCACGCUGGAGAGAUGCCCUUCAGGUGCGAGCAGUGCGGCCAGAGGUUCAUCCUCUCAGCACACCUCAAGAGACACCAGAAGUGGCACAAACACUAGACCCAGAGUGUGUGUGUGUGUGUGUGUGUGUGUGUGUGUGUGUGUGUGUGUGUAACUGAGGGUUUACCAGAACAUAGAGAAAAGCACUGCUUAAAGGGACAGUACACCCAAAUAAACAGUUAUUCAGAACACAAAAGAAGAUAUUUUGAAGAAUGCUCUGGUUGACAACCUGCACUCUUAUUUUGUAUUUUCUGAGUGUACUGUCUCUUUAAAA